CUUCCCCCGCCUCCCUUUUUAAAGACCAAACCUCUCUCUCUAUCUCUCUCUUUCCUCUCUCCGCCAUUACCAGAGCUCAACGAGUUCUCUCUCUCCUUCAAAUACUUAAAUCUAACUCUCAAGAGACUCUGUCUCUCUUUCCGGAGAUAUCAGAUCGGAUCUUAUCAAUUUUUUUUAAUAGACACAACCAAUUCUUUUAAGAUGCAGACAACCAACGGCUCAGAUUCAACGUCAGCAACCACACCUCCCGUUCAACAACCAACUCCUCCGCCACCUCAGCAGUGGCAACAACAACAACAACAACAUUGGAUCCAGUAUCCAGGCGCGGCGGCCAUGAACAUGAUGAUGAUGCAACAUCAACAAAUGAUGAUGUAUCCUCACCAAUACGUUCCUUACAAUCAAGGUCCUUAUCCUCACUUCCAAUACGCACCGUAUCAUCAGCAACACAAGCCACCACAUGAGCGUGGAUCUGGUGGUGAUGACGUCAAGACUCUUUGGGUUGGUGACCUUCUUCAUUGGAUGGACGAGGGUUAUCUCCAUACCUGCUUUUCUCACACCGGCCAGGUUUCUUCUUUGAAAUUGAUACGUAACAAGCUAACAUGUCAGUCAGAAGGGUACGGUUUCGUUGAGUUUCAUUCACGCGCUGCAGCUGAAGAGGUUCUUCAGACCUUCAGUGGCUCAAUAAUGCCGAACUCUGAGCAGCCCUUCCGUCUAAACUGGGCAUCUUUCAGUACCGGUGAGAAGAGAGCUGUUGAGAAUGGUCCUGAGCUUUCCAUAUUCGUUGGAGAUUUGUCUCCGGAUGUGACUGACACUAUGUUGCAAGAGUUGUUUGUUGAGAGAUAUCCAUCUGUCAAAAGCGCCAAAGUUGUGAUCGAUUCCAACACUGGCCGGUCCAAAGGCUAUGGUUUUGUAAGGUUUGGUGAUGAGAGUGAGAGGUCAAGGGCUUUGACUGAGAUGAAUGGAGCUUUAUGUUCCAACAGGCAGAUGAGAGUUGGUGUUGCUACUCCUAAAAGAGCUGUUGCUAAUCAGCAACAAUAUUCUUCACAAGCUGUGAUAGUGGCUGGUGGACAUGGAGCAAAUGGUUCUAUGGCUAAUGGUACACAGGCUGAUGGCGAAUCAAACAACUCAACGAUAUUUGUUGGGGGCCUUGACCCUGACGUUACUGAUGAAGACCUCAGACAACCUUUUAUAGAGUUUGGUGAGGUUGUUUCAGUGAAGAUACCAGUAGGCAAAGGAUGUGGAUUUGUCCAAUUUGCUAACAGGAAGAGUGCUGAUGAUGCUAUCCAGAGUUUGAACGGGACAGUCAUUGGCAAGAACACUGUCAGACUCUCUUGGGGUAGAACCCCUAAUAGGCAGUGGAGAGGAGACUCAGGGCAGCAAUGGAAUGGAGGAUACUCACGAGGACAAGGUUAUAACAAUGGAGGAUAUGUUAACCACCAGGACUCCAACGCCUAA